AUGUCGCCGUGGGCAGAAAGCUCUCCCCGUUCGGGUGAGCAGGGCACGGCCCGGGUGACCGCAGUCGGCGGAGGCAGCUGCAGCAGCGCCGGCCGGGGAGCGGCGGCGUUAGGACCCGGGCGGCCCCUCCCCGGCGCUCGGGAGACGCAGCUGCGGGGGCCGCGGCCGCGCGCGGACCUUGGCCGGCCGCGCCAGCUGCCGCCGGGCGGGCGGGCUCCGCGCCCGCUCCCCAUUGGCUGCCCGCCGCGGCGCGCGCGGGGCGUGGCCGCCCCCUGGCCCGCCCCCUGGCCCGCCGGGAGCCCCGCGCCCGCCGCGGCCUCUGUGCGCGCCGGGGCAGCCCUGCGCGUCGCGCGGUGCCUGGCCGGGGCAGCCUCCCUGCGCGGGGCGGGCUGCCGCGGGGCGAGCUGCUCGGCCCCGGCGCCGGCCUGCGCGGCGCGGCUGGGGGCUUCCAGCCAGCGGGCUCGCCUUGGGGAUGCCCCCGCGUUACGGCAGCGCGGGGUCGCCGUUGCGCGGUUUUCUGGGGCAGGUGAGGGCACGCUGAGCUCCGUGGCGCUGGGAACGGGCCUCCCCCUGCAACGCUGGGCCAGUGCUGGAGCGGAGACACGCUCCGGCUUAGAGUUCUUGUGCACCUCGGGAAAAGCCAAACAGGAGAAGAGGCUGCAGGCAUAUAUUUCAGACCUAUAUUCCAAACAAGGAAAAAUGGACAAUGGACAGCAAUGUGGCCUAAGAUUUAUGGAAGACGAGGCCCUAAUCCUGCCACUGGAUUUGUCCAAAUGGAUCUCGAUAGCCAUAACCAUGGGGCCUGACUGAGUUCAUGGGACUCUGGAUGACUGCAAGUUCCUACUCUGAAGAUCUGAUUCAUGUGAACGUGAAUAUUCAGCUCGGUGAAAUACAGAACAUCAGCUGGUAGGAGGCUGGCCACCUCGAGGGAGGAAGGGAAGAAGACUGGGUAGUAAAUGCACAGGUAAUACCCUUAAAAUACAGUUUGCUUUUGAGUCUCAGGGACUAUUUCGGGAGAGUUUACCCUAGCUUUUGUUUUCUCUUCAGCAUUCCCAGCUCAAGAAAUUAGAUCCUCUGAGUUUCUUGUGCAAUAGAUGUUUGGAGUGUAUGGUGUGUUGCUAUAGUCUGCUAAUAGGUGUAAAUAAAGGAACGGAAAACAAAGGUGGGAUUUUCUCUUAUCUGUCUUCUUCCAUUAGUCAGGAAGAGGAGGCAGUCCUCAAGUCUUCAUGUUUUCUCCCAGAUGAAUUUCAGGGGCGAUCAAUACAAUCCUUGAGCUCAAAACAGGUAGCAAAACCUUUUAUAAUAGAAAAUGUUGUACUCCACUUGUCCCUUUAAUCUUCUUCCUGGUCAAACUGUAGUAGCCUGUUGUGUUUGUAAGCUACCAAGAAUGGUGUGGAGAUUCCAGUGCCAGAGCAGUGGUGUUGGGAAUCACAAGCUUACCUCUUUAUGUUUUAUGUUAGACUUGAUUUUGAGGUUUUUUUCCGGAUAAAUCUUGCCAGACCAUAGCCCAGCUCUCAGUUUUUAUUAAUGUUCUACCUUAUCCAUGGGUGACACCUGAUAUUCGGUGGCCAGACUAGUCAUUUGCUAUGACGAAAACAAAGCAGCCUUAUGCUUUGCUUUUGCAUGUUUUCCUCUGGGUUUUGCAGUCUUUUCCCACAAGGAAGGCAGCAAAUUCAGAUGGCCUGUAAACAGCGCUGGAGAUGAUACUAAGAUAUACAGGUAGUUAGGAAAAUUUUGGUCAAACCAUUCACUGAAAUUCAUAAAAAUCAAAACACUUGUCAGUGGAACUCAUGUACUUUUGCAUUUUGCUGUGAAGAAAACAAUAAAACACUGCUUUUAACACUUGUUUUUUAAAUAAGGAUCAGUUUUUGAAUUUUCACAGCUAUAGGGAAAUUGUGGGAGCAGGAAGUGUCUUGAUAGGGUAGAAUCAUCUUAAGCUAGUAUCUCAACUCAGCACUUUGUAUCGUGAAACCAUGGCCUGAAACUGCUGCCUGUCAUAUCAUCAUCGAUUUAUUAUGUUACUUCAUCUUACACAUUAUUUGUAGUUGUUUGGUUGGGAUUGUUUGCUGGGCUUAGUUUGUGCUUUUUGGGUUGGCUGGUUGGGGGUUUUUUUGCUAGCACUUAAUGUGAGUGAGCCCUGAUCCAUGACUUGGCUUCCAGGUACUAGGGUAAUACAAGUAGUAAUCAUGUGUGCUGCUAAAAAUGUUCUACCUUAUUUCCAUUUGCAUUUGUUUACCUACAGCUUCUAGUUAUUGAUUCUGGUUACGCCUUUCUCUGAUGGAUAAAAGAGCUCUUUAGGACUCACUGUUUUCUCCCCAGGAAGGUGCUUUUACCCUGUAAUCAAGUUACUGCGCCUUUUUUGUUGUUGUUUUUGUUUGGUUUUUGUUAAAGCCAAACUGAGUGAGCUUUUUGCGGUUCUCAUUAUUUCUUUUCACCUUCUUGGAUGAGUUUUGGGGCUCUUUUCUAUCCUUUCUCUAAUUUUUCUAUUAAAAGAGAGACAAAACUAUUUUGCUAGUCACAUAUACAGCAGUGAAAUUGCUUCACUAGUUACCCCUGUGUUAGUAUGGUCAGAAUUUGAUGUUUUUGCAAGGUCAGAUAAAACAAACAAUUACUUUAUAUAACUUCAGCACAUCUGAGUGUGUAAUUAUUAGAGGACAGAAAAGGAUGGACCAUUUUAAAAACAUUUAAAUGCUUCAUAAACUUCAAAAGGGCUAUCAAAUCAUCCAGAAUGGGUGUGCAGGAGGGAUUGCAGAAGUGUUUGCAUUGAGGUUUUUAAGGAGAUAGAAGUGAAAUAAAAGUAAUAAUCUUAAUUGUAAAGCCACAAUAAUACAGAAAACCUUAAGUGCUGUGGAUAACAUGGUAAUAUGUACUUUCCAAAAUUUUGUAGCAUUGAAUGCAAAAUCUUUGUUUGUAACAGACUAGGCAGGCCACUGAAAAUAGAGACUGUGAAUGGGCGUGCACAUAUGCAUCCCUUACAUCCAUUUAAUCCCAUAAGUAGCCACUUGCUUAUGUUCUGCUGUAAUAAAAGAAAUAACAUAGUAUUAAGAAUUUCUUUUGUUACAAAAGCUGUCACCAUGAAGUCAUGUGUGAGUUCCAACAAUCAAAAUCCAUAGCUUGAAAGAGGGUCUUGGAAUUUUUACUGCUUUAGUAUUUCUUAACAAAGGAGUGGCUGUUCGUUUUGAUUUUGAUCUGUACUUUAGGACAAGGUUGAGUUAAAUUUACCCUAAGGAGACUAACCAGAUGCCUGGUCAAAGCAUCUCAGACUACCCAGUGACUUUUAUGCAUAUCAUGCAUAUCAGCAUCUGAAUUGAAUCUGCAUCCACAGAUCCGCACUUCUUCCUUAUGGAAACAAUCAGAUUUUCAGUAAAUUGAACUACAGGCUGUUUAAAGUCUCAGUGCUGCAGAUCAGUUUAAUGCAAGUUUGUCUAACAUUGUCUCUUACACAAAUUUGAUGUCACCAGGUUGACUUUCUGUCCAAACUGUCUUGCUUUUUAACUUUGAAAGGAGUACUCCUUUCUGUUUUGGCAGCAUUCCCUCAGUGAAACUUGGGGCAUAUUCAAUAAGGAGCGUAAUUUGUUUCAGCAAAAUUAAAGUUCAUGGAAACAUGGUAAAUGAGGAAAAAAAGGAGAAUUAAAAUAAUGUAAAAGACUUUAAAUCCUCUAAAACUCCUGAAAAAGGAGUAAAGGCAAAUAAGGACAGAACAGAAAGCCAAAUGGCCUCUGGCUAAGAAAGUACUAGUCUAAAUAGGUUUAGACUACAAGUGUGUGUUAAUGAAAAAGUUAAUACUAAGAUUUUGGUAGCAGUGGGUGACUUGGGCUAGAAGAUGUCCCCCUGCGAUGAUGAGCUCACAGAGCCCUUUUCAAAGUGACUAUCUGAGAGAAGUGGGCAUUCCCUUGGAUGCCUUUUGUUGUCACAGGUUUAGUUUAUAUAAAGUUUGUAAUUUCUUACA